AUGUUAUAUUUAUUGGCUUCGCGUGGCUGCUGUGUUUUAACUGAACUGAAUUUUGCUUCAAAUGGAUCAAAGACUAACGAAACCUGCGACGCCAUAGCUUUUACAUCCUCGCAUAUAUUCUACGCUAACAUCAACGAUUUAACAGCCUCAGUGUCCCAAAUAUGGACUCUUUAUCAGAUACUUGCAAGUGUAACAAACUACAAUAACGUUUUCACGAAUGCCGAGAUCUCAUACGUUGCCCAGAAAGGGAAAUACGUCGAUCCGAACAUCGGUCCUUCGUACUCAACACUUGAAGCUUGUCUGAGUAAGACUGUAUAUCCAAACAUUGUCGCUUGUUACGUGAUGUUUAGCCCUUCUAAGCAGCAGUGUUCUUUAUACCUCACUUCUACAUGCGAUGAUUAUGUAAUGAAACUUUUGCAAAACAAGGUGCAUGAGGACACCACUGUCUACAUGAGAGUCACUUACACAAGUAGUUCUACUGCUGACCCUACCAGCAAAUCUCCCUCACCAACUGUCAGCAAUUCCGUGUCCUCGUCUGUUGCCACAGUGACAUCUAGUGUAGCUUCAUCAACAGCUACUAUUUCUUCUACGGCUGCCAGCACUUUCACGACACAAUCAACUUUAAUGCACUCCACACCAUCAGAUCCUACGUCGACACACACACUGGCAAGCAAUCCAACUGUAGAUUAUACCACUCCCACACCCAGCGAAGAGGUGUCAGAUUCGAUCUUUAUAUCGACACCUGUUACCACUUACCAAGAAAUAAUUACGACUUCGUUAGAAACGUCUGAUUCAACGCAGCCUUUUACGACAGAACAAAUUUCUGAUUCACCGGAAGUGAUACCAUCAUUUUCAACAACACCUUCAGUAUCCAAUACAACUUCAGAGGAAGUUAGUAGUAAUAUUACUGCUGGGUCUUCUGGAUUUAAUAACUCUGUGCCGACGUCAUCAGAAAGCCCUAAUAAAAAGCUGUGCCCAUGUAAGUGUCGUCGGCGGUCACCAUUAACGGAAGAAGAACUUGAAAGCACCAUUGUCAGUCUACGAAAGGAGUUAUCGGUCAAUAAAAGUACUUUAUCCCGGACUAUCCGUUCUAAAACUAGCGCUCCAGACAACCGUACAUCAGCGACCAGUAUGGGAAUGGCUGGGAUUGUGAUAUUGGUGUCAUGUGUGGUCUUUCUUGUGGCCUCAGAUUUUUCACAUCUGUGCCAACAUGCAAAGAUCCUGAAACAAAAUCUGAUGUCACGAUUCAAAUGA